GGGUCGGUCCAGGCGGAAGCAAUCGACAGCCUGCGGCUUCGGACCAGCGCGAAGGCGGGGCGGGGCAGCAGCAGGUUACACCAUCAAAAAGAGGCAACGAUUAUUACCAUUAUUACACGCUUCACCACCCCCCGGGGCAGUUCACGGAACUCUUGAGAACCACCCUGACGACGAGAAGCACCCGGUGUAUGAGGGGAGUGCCGUGACUGAGCGCAGCACGCGGGCGUCCUGAGGUGGCCGUGCACGUCCUGAGGCCAGGCAUUUUAUGGCUACAGAGUUCAGGCAAGGGUUGAGUUCCACGUGUCGAAACCCAGCCCCUCUCUGAGACCAGCUUGGGCAGCCUCCUCGCCGCCGACCUGCUUCCCCACCACCAACUGGACACCAGUGCUCACGGCUGGUGCUGGCUCCUUCCUGCUCGGCACCCACAAUAGGGACGUGAUAGCUUCCCAUGGUGUCUGCUGCGGUUCUCUCUGGGGAUGGCAGAGAUGAGAGGGGUGCUCUUACUGCUGCUGUACGUCUCCCGCUCUUCUGCCAGCUGUGGCAUCCAGUACACCAAAACCACAGCAUCUUCCGAGGAGGGCAUGGUUCACAGCAGGGAGUUCCCGUGGGUGGUGUCACUGCAGGACUCCCUGUACACCCACCUGACUUUCGGCAGCAUCCUCAGUGAGUUCUGGAUCCUCAGCAUCGCAUCCAUCUUUAAGAACAGGAAGGAUGCUAUUGCUAUAGUUGGCAUAGCUGAGAUGGAUGCCAAAGUGAUUUUUCACAAAGAGUAUCCAGUCAGUACCAUCAUCAUCCACGAGGACUUUGAUAAUGACACAAUGGCCAAUAACAUCGCCCUCCUGAAGACAGACACGGCGAUACAGUUCAACGACCUGGUCAAGCCCAUUUGCUUCCUCGGCAGAAAGCUGCAUAUACCACCAACCUUGCAGAACUGCUGGGUGGCAGGAUGGAACCCUACGUCUGCAACAGGAAAUCACAUGACGAUGAGUAUCCUGAGGAAAAUCUCCGUGAAAGACAUGAACCUGUGUCCCUUACGCAAAAUCCAGAAAUCAGGAUGUGGCAAUCAUGUAGAGAAAGAAAUUGAUUUUGUCUGCUUGGGUGACCCAGGAAACCCAAUGAUGUGCCAGCUGCAGCAUCUGAACGUGUGGGUGCUGAGAGGAAUCCUGUCCUACGGCGGUGAGGAGUGCCCCGGCCUGUUUCUGUACAUCAGGGUGGAAGACUACAGCGACUGGAUCACGGCCAAGACGAAGAGGACCAGCCCUCCCCUGUCUUCCUUCCACCACUGGAAUAACCCGAUUCCCUUCUUCAGCCACUUGUCACACACUGCCAUGACAGAGAAAAAAUACACUGGGCUGUCCCAGGUUGGACUGUCCCAAACAUCCUUCCAGGGACAAAAAGGGACCACCGUGCAGUUCUGGCCAGUGAACAGCUCCAGGGAGAAUGCAGACUUUAGGGGGAAUGGGGUCAGGGAGCUGAGCACGUCUCCUGACAUGGCCGUCCAGCCCAUGUACUAUGACUAUUACGGUGGGGAGGGUGGGGAGAAUGGGGUUAUGUCAGGUCAGAACAGGUUACAUCAGCCCCAAGAAAUUAUCUUAUUUUUCUUCGUGCUUGUUUUCUUUUGCAGUGAUAUCUAAUCUAGGAG